GAAAUAUGCCACAGGGAUCAGAACUGCCCGUGCCUGGUAAAUGUCGACAAUACUUGAGAUGUCACCACGGAAAAGCAGAAGAGAAAUGCUGUCAGUGGGGUUAUUCUUUUAAACAAGGGAGAGGAUGUCGCCGUGAUUAUCACUGUAAAGAAAAGUGUGAUUCACAACAUCCAACACCAGAUCCACAUGGUCUCCAAGAUCGUUGCAGAAACAUGCCACAGGGAUCAGAACUGCCCGUAUCUGGUAAAUGUAGACAAUACUUGAGAUGUGACCACGGAAAAGCAGAAGAGAAAUGUUGUCAGUGGGGUUAUUCUUUUAAACCAGGAAGAGGAUGUCGUCGUGAUUAUCACUGUAAAGAAAAGUGUGGUUCACAACAUCCAGUGCCAGACCCACACGAUCCCAGAGGUGAGUAA